AGAGAUGCCACACUCGCUCCGCGGCUCGCACGGCGCUCUGAAGACGCCGGCGCCCGCCGCCUUGAGGAGCCGCUGCCCCCGCUCCCUGACGAUGGGGGAACAAUGAAAUAAGCGAGAAGAUUCCUCUUCUCCCCCCUCUCUCUCUUGCCCCCUCCCCCUCCCCUCCCCUCUCCCCUCGACUCCUCUCCGAGGCACCAUGCUGACCCGCCUGUUCAGCGAGCCCGGCCUCCUUUCGGACGUGCCCAAGUUCGCCAGCUGGGGCGACGGCGACGACGACGAGCCGAGGAGCGAUAAGGGCGACGCACCGCCGCCGCCUCCGCCUGCGCCUGGGCCGGGGGCUCCGGGGCCCGCCCGGGCCGCCAAGCCAGUCCCCCUUCGUGGAGAAGAGGUGCCAGAGGCCACGUUGGCAGAGGUCAAGGAGGAGAGCGAGCUGGGGGGCGAAGAGGAGGAGGAAGAGGAGGAGGAAGAAGGGCUGGACGAGGCGGAAGGCGAGAGGCCCAAGAAGCGCGGGCCGAAGAAGCGCAAGAUGACCAAGGCGCGCCUGGAGCGCUCCAAGCUUCGGAGGCAGAAGGCAAACGCACGGGAGCGCAACCGCAUGCACGACCUGAACGCGGCGCUGGAUAACCUGCGCAAGGUGGUGCCCUGCUACUCCAAGACGCAGAAGCUGUCCAAAAUCGAGACGCUGCGCCUAGCCAAGAACUAUAUCUGGGCGCUCUCGGAGAUUCUGCGCUCCGGCAAGCGGCCAGACCUAGUGUCCUAUGUGCAGACUCUAUGCAAGGGUCUGUCGCAGCCCACCACCAAUCUGGUAGCAGGUUGCCUGCAGCUGAACUCCCGCAACUUCCUCACAGAGCAGGGCGCAGACGGCGCGGGUCGUUUCCACGGCUCGGGCGGCCCCUUUGCCAUGCACCCAUAUCCGUACCCGUGCUCGCGCCUGGCGGGCGCACAGUGCCAGGCGGCCGGCGGCCUGGGCGGCGGCGCGGCACACGCCCUGCGGACCCACGGCUACUGCGCCGCCUAUGAGACGCUGUAUGCGGCGGCGGGCGGUGGCGGCGCGAGCCCGGACUACAACAGCUCGGAAUAUGAGGGCCCGCUUAGCCCCCCGCUCUGUCUCAAUGGCAACUUCUCACUCAAGCAGGACUCGUCGCCCGACCACGAGAAGAGCUACCACUACUCUAUGCACUACUCGGCGCUGCCCGGCUCGCGGCCCACGGGCCAUGGGCUAGUCUUCGGCUCGUCGGCUGUGCGCGGGGGCGUCCACUCGGAGAAUCUCUUGUCUUACGAUAUGCACCUUCACCACGACCGGGGCCCCAUGUACGAGGAGCUCAAUGCGUUUUUUCAUAACUGAGACCUCGCGCCGCCCCCUUCUUUUUCUUUUGCCUUUGCCCGCCCCCCUGCCCUCAGCCCCUCAGCGCAGGGACACCCCCACCUACCCCAGCGCGGGGCGCGGGAAGCAGGCCGCGGGUCCUGCCGCUCUCCUGGGCAGCGCAGUCCUCUUACCUGUGGGUGGCCCGUCCCAGGGGCCUCGCUUCCCCCGGGGGACUUGCCUUCUCUCUCCCCAAGGGGUUCUUUCCUCCUUUCUCCCAGGGAGUGAUUCUCCAGGGACCUCUCUCCGGGUGCUCCCAGGAGACACCCCUCCCCCAUUCCCAAUAUCUUCACUUUGGUUUUCUCCUCCCGCUCCUCCUCCUUGCAGGCCCCAAGGCUUUGGUGAGGGGGCAGCUGAGCUGUGGGAUGCGUUUUUCCCCUUUCAUUAUUAUUGUUAUAAAAACAGACACCCAGCUGCCGAGGCAGAAAAGAGCAGGGCAUCCCCCCUUCUUGAAGAGGGCAGAAGUCAGGGUGCCGGAGCACGGGCCUGGAGCGCCCUCACCCAACCCCGAGUCUCCGCAUUUUGGAAUUUUAAUUUUGGCGGGAGGGGAUGUGGAUUGAGAGGAAAGAGAAAGGCCAAGACAAUUUGUAACUAGAAUCCGUUUUUCCUUUUUCCUUUUUUAAAACAAACACAUACAAAAAAAAAAAAAAA